AUGAUUAAGGGCAUUCAGCGACUAGCUCAAGAAGGCAGUGAAUUCAGAGACAUCUCCUUCAGCGAUCCUGCUCCAGGGAAUGUCGCCGCUCCUACUUCAGCUGGGAGAGAAGGCAAAGAUGUUGUCCAGUCGACCACUGCGAUGGCCUCCACUUCUUGUGCCUCGACGUUGAUUAAGCUUAAGGACGAUGGCGUCUUUGAAUCCAGAACUUCGAUCAUACAGGACAUCAUGGACGCCCUUGCUGAUAACAGCAAUAGUGUGGUUGGGGUUCAUGGAAUGGGCGGGGUCGGCAAGUCCACCCUUUUGGUGGAUGCCGAAAGGAGAAUAAAGGAAGAGACCUUGUUUGAUCAAGUCACAAAGGCCGACGUGUCAGCAAAUCCAGACAUCAGGAGGAUUCAAGAAGAGAUUGCGCACGAGUUGGGCCUGGACAUCAAGAACGAAGAGUUUGUCAGCGUGCGAGCGAAGCUUCUGUGCAAGAGGUUGGAAGCUGAAGGGAAGAAAAAGAAGGUCCUCAUAAUACUGGACAACCUAUGGGAGCGGCUCGACUUGAAAUCAGUUGGCAUUCCUUGCGGACAUGACAACAAAGUCAUCGGAUGCAAGUUGUUGUUGACGUCAAGAGAUCGGAAUGUUUUGGAAAGGGAAAUGUGCUGUGACAGGGAUUUCCUUCUUGCUGGGCUGCAAGAGGAAGAGGCAAGAGGUUUGUUUGAGAGGAUGGCGGGAGACAAAGUUCAUGAUGACAAGUUCAAACCCUUGGUGGAUGAAGCACUCCACAAAUGUGCAGGUUUCCCUUUCCUAAUUAUUGCAAUGGCCAAAUAUUUUAAAAACUCUCUUUUAUCUGAUUGCAAGGAUGCUUUGAAACAAAUUGACAUGUCUACAAACAAAGGAAUCAGUAAGGUAAUAAAUGAUAUGUUGCAAUUGAGUUAUGAUCAUUUAAAAGAUGAGGAAGGUGAGGAGGCAAAGUCUUUGUUACGACUUUGUGUUGCUUGUGGUGUCUCUAAGCCAUAUCUGGAGGACUUGGUGAGGUACGGUGUGGGUUUGAGGUUAUUUCGAGAAGAUAGUAGCAUGGAGGAAGCUAGAGAUAGGUUGAACUCACUUAUCCAUACUUUGCAAGCCUCUUCCCUUUUGUUAGAUGAUGAAGAUGCUAAUGGUUUCAAGAUUCAUGACUUGGUUCGUGGGUUUGUUGCCUCGGUUGCAUUAAAAGAUCACCCAUUUCUCGUUUUGAAAGAUGAAAAUAAGUUGGUAGCAGAGUUGUCGAAGGAUAAGCUCAAAAGUUAUAAGGCGAUAUGCUUUCCCAAUGUUAACUUGGAGGAGCUUCCCAAAGAUUUAGAUUGCCCUGAAUUGCAAAUGUUUCUGUUGUUCACAAAUGAAGAAUCUCUUCAAGUCCCAGAUUCAUAUUUCAACUCUAUGAGAUAUCUCAUGGUCUUACAUCUUAAUGGGAUACAUCUUAGUCAUUCGCCUUCACCAUUUCAAUUCUCAGAGAACUUACACACUCUAUGUCUUGAUUUUGUUUGUUAG